AGACCCAUGCAGGAGCAAUGAAGGAGGAGAAUGUGAAGCCACUCAUUGCCAGUUGCUCUCCCCAGUGACUCACAAUCAGCAAAGCAGUUGGCAAUGGGGCAUGGCCAUGCUGCCCAGAGUGCAGGUAUGCCUUGUGGCCAGAGGCUAGUGUGGGUUUGUGCAUUAACAGGACAACACAGAAGAUUUGGAGGAGGUGAAGUGGUGGCAAAACUGACAGGCCUAGAGUUAAAGGCAUAUGCAAAAGCUGGUGCUGUGGCUGAUGAAGUGCUGUCAUCAAUCAGAACAGUGGCUGCUUUUGGUGGGGAGAGGAAAGAAGUUGAAAGAUAUGAUAAAAACCUAGUGUUUGCCCAGCGCUGGGGAAUUAGAAAAGGGAUGAUAAUGGGAUUCUUCACUGGUUACAUCUGGUUCAUAAUCUUCCUGUGUUAUGCAUUAGCAUUUUGGUAUGGCUCAAAACUUGUCCUUGAAGAAAAUGAGUAUUCACCUGGAACUCUCUUACAGGUUUUCUUUGGAGUCUUAAUAGGUGCUUUAAGUCUUGGUCAGGCUUCUCCUUGUUUGGAGGCCUUCGCUACUGGCCGCGGGGCUGCAACAAACAUCUUUGAGACGAUAGAUAAAAAACCUACCAUUGAUUGCAUGUCAGAAGAGGGCUACAAGCUGGAUAAAAUAAGAGGUGAAAUUGAAUUCCACAAUGUAACAUUCCAUUACCCGUCCAGGCCAGAAGUAAAGAUUUUGGAUAAUCUUAGCAUGGUUAUUAAAUCAGGGGAGACAACUGCUUUUGUUGGACCCAGUGGAGCUGGGAAAAGCACCACAGUGCAGCUCAUCCAGCGGUUCUAUGACCCUACUGAAGGCAUGGUUACCCUUGAUGGCCAUGACAUUCGCUCCCUUAAUAUUCAGUGGUUGCGCUCACUGAUUGGUAUUGUUGAGCAAGAACCAGUCCUGUUUGCUACCACAAUUGCAGAGAACAUUCGCUAUGGCCAAGAUGAUGCUAGUAUGGAAGACAUCAUCAAAGCAGCCAAGGAAGCCAAUGCCUACAACUUUAUCAUGGAUCUGCCACUGCAAUUUGACACCCUUGUUGGAGAGGGUGGAGGCCAGAUGAGUGGAGGUCAGAAACAAAGGAUAGCUAUUGCUCGAGCCCUUAUCCGAAACCCUAAAAUCCUGCUACUAGAUAUGGCCACGUCAGCAUUGGACAAUGAAAGUGAAGCUAUUGUCCAAGAAGCACUUCAUAAGGCUCGCCUUGGGCGCACUGCAAUCUCCAUAGCUCAUCGUCUGUCCACAGUCAAAGCCGCUGAUGUCAUCAUUGGGUUUGAGCAUGGAAGGGCGGUCGAGAGAGGAACACAUGAGGAGCUACUGGAAAGGAAAGGGGUUUAUUUCACACUGGUGACCUUGCAGAGCCAAGGAGACAAGGCACUUACUGAAACAGCAGUGGAAAAAAAUAACUUGCUUGCUAGGCCAAACCUUAAGAAAGUCCAGUCUUUUAGCCGUGGGAGCUAUCAAGGAAGCUUCAGAGCUUCAGUUCGACAGCGUUCCAGGUCUCAGCUCUCUAAUGUAGUACCAAGCCAUCCAUUAUCAAUCACUGCAGACCAGUCAGACGCUGUGUAUCGAAAGUAUCAAUAUGAAGAAGGCACAUCUACACAAAAGACAUUUGAGGAGGAAGAAGAGGAAGUGGAGCCUGCACCAGUCACCAGGAUUUUGAAAUACAAUGCUCCUGAGUGGCCUUAUAUGUUGUUUGGAUCCGUUGGCGCAGCUAUGAAUGGGGCAGUCAAUCCACUCUAUGCUCUAUUAUUCAGUCAGAUUCUUGCGACCUUUUCUAUGCCUGAUAAAGAAGAGCAAAGAGUACUGAUCAAUGGCAUCUGCCUACUUUUUGUUGUUGUUGGAGCUGUAUCAUUUUUCACACAGUUCCUGCAGGGAUACACAUUUGCAAAAUCUGGUGAGUUGCUUACAAGACGGUUAAGGAAAAUUGGUUUCCAAGCUAUGUUAGGGCAAGAGACUGGUUGGUUUGAUGACCACAGAAACAGCCCUGGUGCCUUGACUACAAGACUUGCAACAGAUGCAUCACAGGUUCAAGGGGCUACUGGAUCUCAGAUAGGAAUGAUUGUCAGUUCCAUAACCAACAUUGGAGUGGCCAUUAUCAUUGCUUUCUACUUCAGCUGGAAACUAAGUCUAGUUAUAAUGUGCUUCCUGCCCUUUUUAGCCUUAUCUGGAGCUGUGCAGGCUAAAAUGUUGACAGGAUUUGCCUCACAGGACAAGCAAGCUAUGGAAAUUUCUGGGCAGAUCUCCAGUGAAGCCCUCUCUAACAUUAGGACUGUAGCUGGAAUAGGGAAGGAGAGAAAGUUUAUUGAAGCAUAUGAAGAACAUCUGGAAAUCCCAUACAGAGCUGCAAUCAGUAAAGCAAAUGUUUAUGGAAUCUGUUUUGGCUUUGCCCAAUGUAUAGUGUUCAUAGCCAAUUCGGUCUCUUAUCGAUAUGGGGGGUUUUUGGUGGAGAAUGAAGGACUUCAUUAUAGCUAUGUGUUUAGGGUGAUCUCUGCCAUUGUGACCAGUGGAACUGCUUUGGGAAGAGCUUCUUCUUAUACUCCAAACUAUGCUAAAGCAAAAAUAUCUGCUGCACGUUUUUUUCAAUUGGUGGAUCGGGUUCCCCAAAUCAAUAUUUAUAGUGAUGGAGGGGAAAAAUGGGACAUUUUCAAUGGAAGCAUUGAAUUUAUCAACUGCAGGUUCACGUAUCCUUCUCGGCCUGACAUCCAAGUUUUGAACGGCCUCUCAGUGUCUGUUAAACCUGCGCAGACACUUGCAUUUGUUGGAAGUAGUGGAUGUGGCAAAAGUACUAGCGUCCAGCUUCUGGAGCGCUUUUAUGACCCUGACAAAGGAUGUGUGUUAAUAGAUGGCCACGAUACCAAGAAAGUAAAUAUACAAUUUCUUAGAUCUAAAAUUGGAAUAGUGUCUCAGGAGCCUGUGUUAUUUGGCUGUAGUAUUGCUGAUAAUAUCAAAUAUGGUGAUAACAGCAAAGAGAUCACUAUGAAAGAAGUUAUAGAAGCAGCGAAGAAGGCCCAGCUGCAUGACUUUGUCAUGUCCCUUCCAAAUAAAUAUGAAACUAAUGUUGGGGCUCAGGGAUCCCAGCUUUCUCGUGGGCAAAAGCAACGCAUUGCUAUAGCUCGGGCCAUCAUACGAGAUCCUAAAAUUUUAUUACUGGAUGAAGCAACAUCUGCCUUAGACACGGAAAGUGAAAAGACUGUGCAAGCUGCAUUGGAUAAAGCCAGAGAGGGACGGACCUGCAUUGUCAUAGCACAUCGGUUGUCUACAAUUCAACACUCUGAUAUCAUAGCUGUCAUGUCUCAAGGAAUUAUUAUUGAAAAGGGCACUCAUGAUGAACUGAUGGCCAGGGAAGGAGCUUAUUACAAACUUGUCACUACUGGAGCGCCAAUUAGCUGAUUUACCACAGGCUCUGUGUAAACAUGGAAGAUGAUAUUUUUCUAAAUGAGAAUGCUACAUGUUGGUUUGGCAAUGUUGGUACCCCUUUGAGUUAUUACCUGGUACAAAACGCUCUGUCAUAUGACAAGUUACAUGGGACAUUAUCGAGCCUAAAACGUAUCUCGCCUUCUGGAGUAAGCAAGCCUUGUAGGAUCAUACAAGGUGAUUACAGAGUAGCCUGGUUUGUUCAGGAGAUAGCCUAGCCCAUUGUGCAAGGGAAAGAAGGAAAUUUCCUGGUAAGACAGCUCUUUAUUUGGGAGUUGUGGAGCUAUUCGAGGGUGGGGAGCUCUUGUAAAAUGGCUUUGUAGUCCGGCUGCACAGUGUCUUACUUGCUUGACUAAAUGUUAGUCAAGGAAGAAUCCUCCCUGAAUAUUAGCAUGUCAGAUUGCGUCUUUUGGUGAGUUAUAGGGCUAAAACACAAACCAAGUAUGAUACUAUAUUCUAUUUUAGUGGCGGGAUGAAAUAUUUCCUAACUUGAAGGUUUUACAGAUGGAAUUAAAAUAGAUACUCUCAAUGUGGUUAUAGAAAUCUUUUUUGCCCCAUUCUUUGUCUCUCUUGUCUAUUUAGAUUGUGAGCUUUUUCAGGCAAGGACUGUCUUUUACUGUGUGUUUGUAUAGUGCCUAGCACCAUGGGGCCCUGACCUACAUUGGAGGAUCUAGAUGCUACUUGUGAAAUAAAUAAAAAAUAAUAACAACGAGGUCAGCUUCACUCCACUAUGACAACGAAAGAGAUUGAGAAGAGCAACAGAAGCUGGUAAAGAUUAAUUCUUAGUUAUCCACUUUAUUAAAUGGCCUCAACUAGCUGAUUUGAAUAUGAAUAAAUACUCAGUUAAAUCAAGUAACACAAUAAUUAUUUUUCACUGUUAUUUAAUCUCUUUCUUACCUUGAAACUGUGCUAGAUAAAUAGAGAAUAUCCCAUUUUCAUCACUGGGGACCAUAUCAUGCCAUUUCUUUUUAAGGAGCAUGUAAAAAUUCUGUAAAGCUUAAAGAAUAAAAAAGAUUUCCAUUUCUGUUGAUCAAGGAGAAUGUUCACAGUUAGAUUAGAUUGGAUUGACCUUUUUACAUAUAAAAUAUCAUGCUUCAAGGCAUAAGCCAAAUACUAAGUGAAGGUUGGGAACAGCCUUCCUCUGGAGGAAGGUUAAGCUAUAAUUUUCCAUUAUGAGGUUUAUUACACCUUUCUCCAAAAUGUCUUUUUUGGCCUGCCUAAUGAUACUUUUACACUUGACUUGCAGGGUUUAUGCUCCUUUAUAUUUUCUGCAGUAGAAUUUGACUUCCACAGGAUGCCUUUUUGUCUCUCACCGACUCAUUUAUUCUGCUGUUUACCUAUGGUGGCUUUUUUUUUUUUGUGGUCCUCUUACUGUUUUCUUUUUCAGUUGAGGUAU